AUGUCAUAUCAUACAGAUGCGAGGGAGACAGAAGACUAUCCUAUCGAAAAACCGCAAACUUCUCUGCUGGCACUGUUGGCCGACUUCAGUGACCAGGAGAGGGCUAAGGGAGAAGAGCAGAGCCAUCGCCAUAACGAGCCAAUAAGGUCGUUCAAUGAAUCCACACAAGGCCAUAGACCGUCAACUGUGUCCAAUCUAUCACCCCAAUCAAGUGCUCCGACUGCUCACUCCCCAAAAGAUCCAAAAUUCAAAAACAGUCACCCACAGCAGGCUGCUACUAGUGGCAUGAUCGGAUCUCUACCAGACCAAGGCCCAAGCCAUGAAUACUUUGGGGGGUCAAGUGCUGGCAGUUUUGUUGGUCAAGUCCGCGCGGCAGUGUCCCAAAAAUUGAAUGUGAGGGACCAGCGCUUGCCCACCGACGAGAUUACUGACGGCUCUGACCCAUCAAGCGCAAGGCUCCAAAGUCAUUCUCGCUUACCGAUCGACUUUGUGCUUCCUUCAAGAAGGAGAGCAGAUGAACUUAUGGAGGUGUACUGGGAGUUUGUGUACCCUUUAUAUCCAUAUGUCGACAAGACAGAGACCAUCCUCAAAUAUCAAGACUUGUGGAAAGAAAAAAGUGACUACGAUGAGGAGGCCAUAUUUAUUUGCGGCUUGAACGUCAUCUUUGCACUUUCAUGUCAACUGAUCGGGGAGACACAUCAACGUGAAAACUCAGCAAAGGUGUUUUUUGAGAGGGCGAAGUCUCUUCUCGAUCCAUGGCAUUCUGGGUCUUUCCAGUACGUCCAAGUCUGCCUACUGCUCGGACAAUACUUUCAAAGCACAAAUGACCCUCACCAAUGCUGGACGACAGUUGGAAUGGCAAUCCGCACGGGGCAAAGUCUGGGACUUCAUCUUCCAGAAACAUCCGAGAACACGGCGUCACCACGGAAAAGGGAGCUUCUGAGGAAGGUCUGGCACGGUUGUGUCAUCAUGGAUCGAAUAACAUCUAUGACAUACGGGAGGCCGACCAUGAUUGGGAAGGAUCUCGCAGCAGCUGUGCCACGGCCCUUAGGCAUUGAUGAGGACAGGCUACAGCCCUUUGGACCCGUACCCACACCGGAUCGACCAUCUAUAGUCGACUUCUUCGUGGAAACGCUAGGCCUUUACGAGAUCCUCUAUGACAUUCUCGUAGCAUUUUAUUCCUCGUCAAUAGCCGAUGAUGGGUCAGGAGAAGGCCGGUGGGCAAGGUACUUUGGCGGUUCGGAGCCUGACACGAACAAGGGCCCAUCUGUGCAUGCCAUUGACCGGAGGCUGAUCCGCUGGGAGGCCAAUCUGCCUUCCCAUCUAAAGACUGAACAAGUCUCUACUCAAACUGAGACAAACAAGUAUUUCGUGCGCCAGGCGGUGAUACUUCGCCAGAGAUAUCUCCACAUCAGACUACUUGCACUUCGGCCAGUGCUCUCUGCGUAUGUUGCUGCAGAAACGAGCAACGACGACAUCACCAGCACAUUUGGUGGCAUCCUCACUCAGCGCAUCGCUUUUCAAUGCGCAAUUGUCUGUAUCACUGUCGCUCAAGAUACCAUCGACCUUGCCUAUACCCGACGAUCUGGUGAUCCAGCGGCCGUCGGUCCGAUCGCAGCUUGGUGGUACAACGUCCUAUUCGUCUACUCUGCCGCAACUGUGCUGGUGGCAGGCAAGCUCUGCCCCUCCAUUCUAACAGAACUAAGUGAGAAGUCGAUUUCCCGCUCAUGGCAUCGAGCUAUCGAGAUUCUCGAACACUAUCAGGCUUUCGGGCCGGUCAUCAAGCAAUUAGUCGCGGCACAGCAUGUCCUAUUCAAUACCCUUCCAGAGCAUUACUCACAGACUAAAGGAUCGAGGCGGCCCGAAAACAGCUCAGGCCACCUUGAUCUUGAUGCUAACAAUCUGUCUGCGCUAUCGUCUCGUUAUAUUGCACCGAUGGGCCCAAACCCCUACAGCCAUUUGGAUUCAGAUAUUGAUGUUGGCGGCGGCUGCAAUCCUUUGGCUUCUGCGGAUUUGAGCAAUCAAGCGUUCAAUUACGAUUUCGACUUCGUGUUUGACAACAACGACCUAUCCUGGCUCAAUAGCAUGCCAUUCGAGCUCUGA